GACAUGCAUCUUUCUUUUCAAGAUAUCGGGCUUCUCGAACCAUCCCAUCUUUCUUCGAGUCUGUUGCUUCUCAGAAAUGCGAUUCUUUGUUGCUCAGAUUGUAUCGCUUGCCUGCGUCUUGGCUACGGUUCAAGGUCUCAAUAUUAACAGAGGCGAGCCUGCUGGUGUCAUUCGUGGCGAGCCUGCUGGCGUCAUUCGUGGAGAGCCUGCUGGAGUUAUUCGUGGCGAGCCUGCUGGAGUCAUUCGUGGCGAGCCUGUUGGCGUUAUUCGCGGUGAACCUGCUGGUGUCAUUCGCGGUGAGCCUGCUGGCGUCAUUCGUGGCGAGUUCGAGGCGAGAGAGCCUACUCGUAAGAUCCACGGUCGGGAGCUUGAAUUCGAGGCUCGAGAGCCUACCCGUAAGAUUGGCGGUCGGGAGCCUGAAGUCGAGGUCCGAGAGCCUACCCGUAAGAUCCACGGUCGGGAGCCUGAAUUCGAGGCUAGGGAGCCUACCCGUAAGAUCCACGGUCGGGAGCCUGAAGUCGAGGUUCGAGAGCCUACCCGUAAGAUUCACGGUCGGGAGCCUGAAUUCGAGACUAGGGAGCCUACCCGUAAGAUCCACGGUCGGGAGCCUGAAUUCGAGGCUAGGGAGCCUACUCGCAAGAUCCACGGUCGGGAGCCUGAAUUCGAGGCUAGAGAACCCACUCGCAAGAUUCAUGGUCGAGAGAUUGAAGCCCGAGAGCCGACGCGCAAGAUUAAGCCCUAGAUAGAUCAAGUCCCUGGAUAUGUGAAGGGCUUUCAAUCGAUGGCUAUCGUUGGAUUGUGGUGAUGGAGCGAGAAAUACGAGAAAUAUCCUGAAAUACGAACUCGCGGCGGCUUGGAGGGGUGUUUGGUUUUUGCUUCUGUCGUUUAUUUUGUAUGUUAUAAAUCUGUGAGAAGUCUGUGAUCAGUCUGUAUCGAAGGAGGAGGAGGAGGAAAAGGGGAAGAAAAAUAUGUUGUUCAUCUGUUUAUUUGAUUGAUUGUUGUUGUGUUAUACUG